AUGACUGAAGCCGUUUAUGAGGAGAUUCAGCGGAGACCCAUUAAUAGUCAUGGUCUUUUCACUCAGAGGGGAAGUGUGAUUUCUGAAGAGCAGUACUCUGGGUAUGAAGAUGCGGAUGAUGAGUUUCUUUCAGAUAAAAAGAAUGUGAGGUUGGUUGAUGGCAACAGUCGCUGUGCUGGUAGAGUGGAGGUUCUUCACAGAGGUCAUAAACCUUCCAGACUCAUUAAUGGAUCUCACCUGUGCUCUGGGAGGAUAGAAAUCUUCCAUAAUAAUAUGUGGGUUUCAGUGUGUGAUGCUGCUUUUGACCAGCAGGAUGCAGAGGUUGUGUGUAGAGAGCUGGGCUGUGGGGCUCCUGUACAGGUGCUGGGAGCAGCUGCUUUUGGAAAAGGAGACACUCAGAUGUGGACACAAGAGAUUCAGUGCAGUGGAAAUGAAUCCCAGAUUUCAUUCUGUUCAAUAUCCUCAUCAAACAAACACAACUGCAUCAGCGACAACAUUGUUGGACUGAUAUGUUCUGGUUACACAGAGGCCAAACUAAUGAAUGGUUCAGACUCUUGUUCUGGAAGAGUAGAGCUUCGGUUCCUCAAAAAGGGGGGCACGGUGUGUGAUGCAUGCUGGGAUAUGAGAGCUGCCAGUGUCCUCUGUAGACAGCUGAAUUGUGGGAUUGCUGCAUCUGUUGUGGGAUCAGACUGGUUUGGAGAGGGAAGUGGUGAAGAGUGUGUGACGGGCUUCCAGUGCUCUGGGAGUGAAGCUCAUCUGGGGAACUGCAGCUCUCCACAAACUCUCAACUGCAGCUCCACACAACAGCUGUACAUCACCUGCCUUGGUCGAGGGUCCAUCAGGCUGGUGGGUUCUGGGGGAGACUGUGCAGGGAGGCUGGAGGUUUUUCACAGCGGCUCAUGGGGGACAGUGUGUGAUGACUCCUGGGAUAUUAAAGAUGCCCAUGUGGUGUGCAGACAGCUGCAGUGUGGAGUGGCCCUCAGUAACCAGCAGGUACCAGCCUGGUUUGGUCCUGGUUCUGGACACAUAUGGCUGGAUGAGGUGGAGUGUGAGGGGAAUGAGACGUCCCUGUGGAGCUGCUCUUCUUCAGGCUGGGGAAAACAUGACUGUCAGCACAGGGAGGAUGUUGGAGUCGUGUGCUCAGAAUUUAAAGAGAUCAGAUUAACUGAGGGCUGUGAAGGGAAUGUGGAGGUUUUCUACAAUGGAUCCUGGGGUAAUGUGUGCUGGAACCAGAUGGACAGAGACACAGUGAGUCUGAUCUGUCAAGAGCUGAACUGUGGAAGAUCUGGUGUUUUGUCUGAUUCUUCACCAAGAGUAGAAUCAGCUCCUAACUGGCUGGAUAAAAACAGGAGAGUCCUGAGUCUCCUAGAAGCUAUCUGA